CUUUUACAAGGCAGCUGAUUAUUUGACUUAUAAAGGCGUUUGGUAUUGGAAGAAAAGGCGUGGAGCGGCAACGGUGGGGCCCGCCGGGAAUUGUUUAAUUAGGAAUCCAAUUUGCACUAAUUAAAGAUUUGCGGUAAACACAAUCGACGAUUGGAAGUCAAACGUAAUGUGCUUUUGGUUAAGCCAGUAGUCAACGUCAAAGGAGAGAAGAGAGAUAUACUGAAAGAGAGAGAGAGGGGAAAAGGUAAUGAAAUAUUGGUUUUCAUGUUUUUGAUUCACGACUGAAGUAAAUGUGCAUUUGUUGUGGAGAGAGAGAGAGAAAAGUGAGCUCACAGCUCUUUCUGGUGCUUCAGUAAAGGAGGUAGAAGAGAAGGCUUCUUUCUUUGAUUCACAAAGCUGGUUGAAAUUUGGUGUUGCGAGUUUGAAUCUCGAGAAUCGUGGUCUAUGUUGAAGAAACGUCGAAUCUAGGGUUUUCUUUAAUCUGGAUCAGUAUCGACUUUCAAAUUGUUUCAAUUUCUGUUUGAGUUUGUGUUAGGGCAAAUGCCCUUCCGCUUUCCCUCGUUAAUGGUGUCUUUGGAUUUUGAAAGCAAAGUGUAUUCUUGAGGAAGCUUUUCCGGCUUUGCUUCCUUUUGCUUUUAGGGGUUUAGGGUUGAAUAGAGCCUCUUUUUUUCAGCUGGUAGAUGGGCUGAAUCCUGAAAACAGUCACUUUCCUUGAUUUUGAAUUCUCUCUUUCUAAGAUUGAUUACAUACAAUUUUGAAGGAGGGGAGAUUGGGUGAAAAAAAAAAACAGAAGCUUUAAUGCAUCUCUCUCUAUGGAAGCCAUUAUCUCACUGUGCAGCUCUGCUCUUGGACAAGAAGAGCAGAAGAAGAGAUGGGUCGGAGCAUUCGGGCGAAGAAAUUAAGGCGAACCCGUCGACUCUGAGGAAGCUGCAAGAGCACAAAUUAAGGGCAGCACUUGAAGAAGCAUCUGAGGAUGGAUCCCUUGUUAAGUCGCAGGAUAUGGAUUCUGAGAUAUUGGCCAACCAAGACGACGGCUUAGGCAGAUCGCGGUCGCUGGCACGGCUGAAUGCUCAGAAGGAGUUCCUCAGAGCCACUGCUCUUGCUGCUGAACGCAUAUUUGAGUUAGCAGAUUCAAUUCCACAGCUCAAUGAGGCUUUCUCCAAGUUCCUCACAAUGUAUCCCAAGUACCAGUCGUCAGAGAGGAUCGACCAGCUGAGGUCCGACGACUACUCGCAUCUCUGUGCUGCUGCUGCAAAGGUAUGCCUUGAUUACUGUGGAUUUGGGCUGUUUUCAUUGCUGCAGACUAUUCAUUAUUGGGAAUCAACUACGUUUAGUUUGUCUGAGAUAACUGCCAAUCUGAGUAAUCAUGCUUUGUAUGGGGGAGCUGAGAAAGGCACCGUAGAACACGAUAUAAAGACCCGAAUAAUGGAUUAUUUGAAUAUACCUGAGAAUGAAUAUGGCCUUGUGUUUACUGUGAGCCGUGGCUCGGCCUUUAAGCUGCUUGCUGAAUCAUACCCUUUCCACACAAACAAGAGGUUGCUGACCAUGUUUGAUCACGAGAGCCAGUCGGUGAAUUGGAUGGCUCAGAGUGCUAGAGAGAAGGGUGCCAAGGUCCAGAGUGCCUGGUUUAGAUGGCCUACCUUGAAACUCUGCUCGACUGAUCUGAGGAAGCAGAUUUCAAAUAAGAAGAAGAGAAAGAAAGAUUCGGCAACUGGUCUUUUCGUGUUCCCUGUUCAAUCUAGAGUGACGGGUGCUAAGUACUCUUAUCAAUGGAUGGCACUGGCGCAACAGAAUAACUGGCAUGUCUUGCUUGAUGCUGGGGCGUUGGGUCCAAAAGACAUGGACUCGCUUGGACUGUCCUUAUUCCGACCAGAUUUCAUCAUCACGUCGUUCUAUAGGGUGUUUGGCUAUGACCCAACUGGAUUUGGAUGCCUUCUGAUCAAGAAAUCUGUGAUGUCAAGCCUUCAGAACCAGUCUGGUCAUGCAGGUUCUGGUAUAGUGAAAAUCACGCCCGUGUUUCCUAUGUACUUGAGUGAUUCGAUGGAUAACUUUGGUGGUUUUGGUGAAGAUGAGGAAGCCACUGGGAAUGGUGAAGUGAGCUCUGAGGCUCGCCCCGUAUCUCAAUUACCUGCCUUUUCAGGUGCAUUUACAUCUGCUCAGGUGAGCGAUGUAUUUGAGAGUGAGAUGGAGCAUGACAACAAUUCUGAUAGAGAUGGGGCAAGUACCAUAUUUGAAGAAACUGAAAGUAUUUCUGUCGGAGAGGUUAUGAAAAGCCCAGUCUUCAGUGAAGAUGAAUCAUCGGAUAAUUCACUGUGGAUCGAUUUGGGUCAGAGCCCAUUAGGAUCUGAUAAUGCUGGUCACUCAACCAAAAGCAAGGUCUCCUCUCCGUUGCCCCCUGCGUGGUUUUCCAGCCGUAAAAAUAACAAACUGACUUCUCCGAAAGCAUCAAACUUAUCAGGCAGCCCCAUGUAUACCAAGGAACUGAACCCGGACCGUCAUGUAUUGUCAUUUGAUGCUGCGGUGCGAUCAGUUUCUCAAGAAUUCGACCAUUUCAAAGAGAUUCCUGAAGAAGAACAAUUUACCGAAAGGCACCCUUCAGAUAUUCAAUGUUACCAGGAAAUCGAAGAAGAGCCUCAGACGAGUAAAUCAGUUCGUUCGUUCAAGGGCUCCAAUCGCAACAAUUUGGCUUCCAUUCAUAAUGGCUCUGCCUCUGAGAUUUCUCUGGAGAAGGAGAGCGCGAUAAGAAGAGAGACUGAAGGUGAAUUUCGGCUACUGGAAAGGCGAGAAGGUAGUAGAAUUGCCGGUGGGAGGUUUUUCGGAAUAGAUGAGACUGAACAGCCGGGGCGAAGGGUAUCCUUUAGUAUAGAAGACAACCGCAGAGGUCAGCUCAGUCAAACUCUUGAACCUGGAGAAAUGUCUGGAAAUAGUCUAGAUGAUGAAGACUACAUGAGCAACGGGGACUAUGGCGAUGAUCAAGAUUCUGAGAGGGCUGAACCUGAGAUACUCUGCAGGCAUCUCGAUCACAUCAACAUGUUAGGUCUCAACAAGACCACCUCCCGCCUACGGUUCUUGAUUAACUGGCUUGUCACAUCGUUGCUGCAACUAAGAUUGCCCGGUUUUAGUGGGAAGGACAGCGCUCCACUUGUCCACAUCUACGGCCCAAAGAUUAAGUAUGAAAGAGGUGCUUCAGUUGCCUUCAAUGUGAGGGACAGGAAUAGAGGUCUGAUCAGUCCAGAAGUCGUUCAAAAACUGGCUGAGUCACAUGGUAUUUCACUGGGUGUCGGAAUACUCAGCCACAUACGUAUCCUGGACAGUCCCAAACAGCAGCGGCGGCCUCCAAAUCUUGAUGAUACCACCCUUUGCAAGCCAAUGGAAAAUGGUAGGCACGAUGGUAGAAGUGGUUUCAUCAGAGUUGAAGUUGUCACUGCUUCACUUGGCUUUUUGACAAACUUCGAUGAUGUCUACAAGCUGUGGGCAUUCGUGGCAAAAUUUCUUGAUCCCACCUUUGUCAAAGAGGGUGUCCUUGCGCCCGUUGCAGAGGAGAUUGAAGAGUGAUGCUGGGAUCUGCUGCUGCUGCUAAUGCUUUUGCAAUCUUCCAUACACAGAAGAUGUAGAACGGCGUUGCUCAUAAAUAUCUGGCUGGAGCAGUUAGAAGGGUCGCGUGCAACACACGGAAUAGUUUUGGCUGGAUUCUUUUUGCCCCUCCUGCAUCUUCGCUGUGAUCGGGUUAAAUUUGUUAAUUCUUGUUUGUGAUUGCUUGGGUUUUAUCCUUGACCCUUUUGGGUUGCUGUAUCAUUUCAGAUAGUAGUGAUGAACUGAAGCAGAGGAAGAAGAAGAAAAAAAAGUUAGCAUUACAUCCUAUUUCCUCAUUGAGUUGUUGGUUUAUAUGCUUUCUUCUGUAUAAGAUUUUUCAUGUUCUGCUUGCA